CUCCUAGCAUCCCCAAAGGCUGUCAGGGCAUGCUGGGAGUUGUAGUUUUGCAACACCUGGAGGCACCCUGGUUGGGAAACACUGGUGUAUGCCCUACAGAGGUGUGGUGAACUACAACCCCCAGGAGACUACAGAUGCUGCAUGCUUGUGUUAUAUCACAGACUGAAGACUCCUGAAUGACACAUGCUGGGAGUUGUAGUCCCUUUUGUGUGCAUAUGACAGUGUAUCCCAACCAGGGCUGAUUUAUAUCAGUGUGCUGUGUAUAAGGGGGCCGACACGGGAAAAUAGUAGGAUGGGUAAAGGGUGGAGCAAACAAACAAAACAAAAAAGGAGCCGCCCCAAACCAGCAAGGCAUGUGGCAUGCUGGGAUUUGUAGUUUUCAGCACAGCAAGAAACAGGAAAUAGAAGCAAAAAUAGGAAAACAAAGUGGGGGAUAAAAAGACAACAAAGAACGGAAAUAGAGUAGGCUAAACAACAAGAAUAGAAAUGAAACAAAACAAAUAGGGUAUAAAGCUACAGAGUCAGGCACAAGAAAGAAAGAACCUAAGUGCUUGUUUCAACCAGAAGCAUAAAAAGGAAAAUGAAAAAAGGCAAAGGAAGCCCUAAGGGUAAGAAAAUUACCCUGAAAACAGCCAAGAAUUCCAUCCGUAUCACAUUUGAUGGGAAACGAAGACUAGAUCUUUCUAAAAUGGGAAUUGCUGCCAUCCCAAAAUGCUUAUUGAAACUCAGUGAUAUAGAAGAGGUGGAUCUCAGUAGAAACUUAAUACGUAAGAUUCCUGAUUGGAUACAGCGUUUCCAGAAUCUACGAUGGCUUGACUUACACAGCAAUCAAAUAGAAAAACUUCCAGAAUCCAUAGGCCAACUAAAAAAUCUUCUAUACUUAAAUGUGUGUAACAACAAAUUAACCGCAAAUGGUGUUCCUAUAGAAGUGAGCCACCUGAGCAACUUACGUCAACUUAACCUUGGACUUAACCACAUUGAUAUGCUGUCAACCACAUUGGGGAAUCUAAAAGAGCUUAAGGAAGUGGGCCUUUUUGAUAAUCAACUUACUUCUGUGCCCCCCAGCAUACUGAAGCUGCCUAAACUGAAGAAGCUUAACACCAAGAGAAACCCUAUCCAAAAUACAGAAGAAAAAACAGAGGAAGAGCAAGAGGAAACCAUCCAAAGAGUUAAAUCUCUUCAUCUUGUGAAUGAGAAGGAUCUGUGUAGUCCUUGUCUUGCAAAGUGCCAGAUGAAUAAGAAUAAGCAGAAGAAGCUGAAAAAUCUUAUGACUACAAUGAGACAUCCUUUUGCUAACAAUCUUAUUUCUCCAAACUCUACAGCCAAGGAGACAUUAAUAAAUGAAGAUGAAUUCAUGUAAAAAUAAAAAAUACAGUAAAACAGUAAAAUAACAAUAGAUGGUAAAAUGUAAUUAAAGCAAAUCUGUCACUUGAAAAAUGCAAAUAGAACCAACAGGAUUGUGACAUACUCUUCAAUGAAAGGAUACCAAUAAUACUUGUGAAUUGUGUGCAAGUGUUUAUUCAGCUGAAAGAUGUAUUUUUAUGGGCAGGUAAAUUGUUAGAGAGAAAUGACCUAAGGUCUUCUGUGCGCUAGAGCCACAGUGUCUCUGUGCUGUAAAUGACUGCCCUUCUGCCCAUUGACAGAUGGGCCAGGCUCGGCUUAAGUCACUGAACCAGGGGCGGACAUAUCGCCUGUGCAGCCGGUUCAGCUGCACAGGGGCCCAGCGUGGGAGGGGGCCCGGCCCGCCCUCACACGCUGGGCCGGUCCUACCAUCGGACCCAGUGCACAGGGCCGCCAUCAGGGGGUAAACCCAUACACUUGUAUGGGGCCUGGAGCUUCAGGGAGGCCCGGACGUCCCUGUACUUUUUUUUUCCGGCUAGUCAGUGAGUGACUGCGACUGUCACUCACUGACUCCUGGCUGGGUACCCGUCAGAACUAUGACCGGGCCUCAUAGUCUGGGGGGCCCGCAGGACUAUGAGGCCUGCUCUUUCUAGGGCGCGGGCCCCUUAAGAAGUACGGCAGGGCCAGACAGGCCAGGGGCUGAUGGGAGUCGACGUGCCCCGCGCAGGCACGCACGUCUACUCCAGUCACCUGACCUGUCCCGGCGCAAUCUCCAGUCCAGCAGCCUCCCGACGGAUCCUCCCCGUGCAGUGACACUCUGACAGGAGCAGCAGCUGCACCGAACCCCGGCAGGAGGAUGAGGAUCUGCUGACAGUGAGGAGCCAAUGAUGUCUGCAUGUCAGACUCUGCAGAGAAGAUGGAGCUGGGGGAAGACCUGGUCUCUGGACGAGAUGAAGAAGAAAAGAAGACGUCACUCAGGUCACUGACAUCAUUGUGUGUUCUUAUGACUGUCCCAUCAGAGCUGUAGUUACUUGUAAGUUCUGCAGUGAUGAUGGGUAAAACUGUGUCCAAUCUGUGUCUCUUCAGCUGUUACAAAACCACAACUCCCAUUGCCUGAGGCUCUCCAGACAUGAUGGGAGUUUUAGCUUUCCAACAGCUGGAGAACCACUUCAACCGAGGUGAUCGGUGGGGGUCUCAGGCCUUGAGUUGUGUAAGGGGCCCCGAAAUUUCUGAUGGCAGCCUUGCCAGUGCACAUAUGACAGGGAAACCAGUCUUGCCCAGUCACUAAACUGCUACU